AUGGUUAUUUUGGAACCCCCAAAAAUGGAGGAAAACCCAACCGCAAUUGCAAAUAUCAAAAAUGAAAUAUUGGACGCAUACACAACCGAUGAAUAUGAUGAGUUGGAACAAGCCAUAAAAACAAACAUCAAAACAGAAAACAACGAAGAAUCGCCUCCGAAAAAAAACAAAAGAACCCGUCACCUGAUAAACAAAAGAAAGCAAGCGCAGGAGAACCGCAUGAAAGGCUACUCCUACGUAGGCUACGUGAGAACAAAAAACGGUCGAGUCUCCCACAAUCAGGAGCGCCCCUCGCGCAGCCAAAGGGCAUGCAACUCGGCUAACUGUGCGCUAAAAAGCAAGAAAUGCCUGGUAUUCCCCAAGGAAGAUCUGGAAAAGAUGUUCGACGAUUUUUGGGAGUUGAGUUGGGAGGAGAAGAGGGAGUACGUGCUGGGUUUAGUGGAUUACGUGCCCAAGAAGAGCGCGAGGCUGAAAGGGCCAUCAAGGAGAUUGGGUACUUUCAAUUAUUACCUGGAAAUGGGGAAAGUUCGAUUACCUGUGUGCAAAAACAUGUUCCUGGGGUCGUUGGGUCUAGGUGAAAAUAUGGUGCAGAGCUGGGUUAAAAGUAAUGUGGUUUUAACAGUGCCAGAGGUUGAGGUUGACGGUCCAAAACCAAUAAAAAUUGAGGUGGAAGAAACACACAACUUAGAUUCGAUCAAAAGCAGAGUUAAGCCUCCUCCAGACUCGAGCCCAGUCAAGCCAAGAGACGUAAGUCGCAUAAAAAGAAUGAAAGGGUUACCUUACUUGGGUUACUCGAGAGAUGAGGACGGAAAAAUAAUACAAAACCAAAUAAGACCGCCCAGAACCCAAAAAUUUUGCAACUCGAGUUUCUGCGCCACCAUCCGCAAACACUGCGCGUCGUUCAGCAAAAAAGAACUGCAAAAAGUUUUCCACGAAUUCUGGAACUUUACGUGGGACGAAAAAAAAAGUUACGUUACCUCUUUAAUAGACUUAAUCCCGAAAAAACGUGUACGAGUUUCGAACGUUUCCAGAAGAUCCGGAACGUACAUAUACCACUUAAUCAAAGACGAACAAAAGCUGCCCGUGUGCAAAAAAAUGUUCUUGGGGUCCCUAGGUUUGGGGGAAUCCAUGGUGCAAUCUUGGGUUAGGAGUUGUAGCCGGGAAGCGCAGAAAAUCGCAGAAAUAAAAACACCAAAAAAAUUAGCAGAAUGCAAUAAAACCAAGAAGAAAGAAAAAGGCCGUUACAAUUGUUUUAACAUGAACGAUAAGACGAAAAUUUUGAGGAAAAGGGCUAAAGCAGUUGUUGAACCUGCGAACAUUAAAACCGAAAUUGAAAUAGUGGAAGAUAGUAUAGAGUGUAAAUUAGAAGAACCACUGUUGCCAUUUAGUUGUGAGUUUGACAAAAUUCAACUUCCACAAUAA